AUGAGCGACAACGAAAUCCUGACCGCGGCUAAGGCUAAGGCGCAGAUAUUGCUCACCACUAAAGUUCGAACUACCCAACAGUUGAACCAUGGUCAGCAUGAAUGCAUUCCGCAGUGUGUGUAUCGCUCCGCUAUAAGUUCGGCCGCAAUAUUGGCACGGGCGGCCGAGCCGCGUCGGGCGGCGUCGCGCGGUUUCGCAAUUUCGCCCCAACAGUCCGCACUGUCCGCAGGCGACGUGCGACCAGGCACUUAUUACGUAUGC